AUGGACCCUUUUGAGGCCAUCUAUCGAGUCGCUCAGAAAGAGCUCCAGGGGGAAACCCCUCUGUUCCUCGCAGUCAGCUAUGGAAAUAACGCGCUAUUCAAACGACUGCUAGAAAAGUCCGAACAGCGCGCUAAAUUCAAGGACACUGACAUCGGACAUGACUGUCUGAACUGUGCCAUUAUCCAGGAUAACAAGGAGAUUGUCAAAGCUCUUGUUGAACUUCCUCUUUUUGAAUUUGACUGGAUCCAUCAUCCUAUGGUAUCCCUCAAGGCCAUUAGCCACCUGCACACUGCUGCUACACUCGGCCGCUUCGAGGCCUUCAAGAUCAUGGUCGACAUUGAAAGUGUUGACAUUGGCGGACGAGACCCCUAUGGAAAGACUACACUGCAUCACGCAUGCGACGUAGGCUCUAUGGAGAUCGUUGAAUUUCUUGGUAUCGUUCAGGCCCUUCUUAACCUCGACACCGUGGACCCUGACUCGAAUGACCUCGAGGGAAAAAGUCCUUUCUACUAUGCUGUUCUCUCUGGUAAUGACGCAAUCGCAAAGAUUUUGGCCGAUGACAAGCGGGUUGACCGUAGCAUUGAAGGAAAGGCAAAGGAGGACCGGCCGGAUUAUGAGAAGACACGCCCAAUACUCAUCGUUGAGGAGGUUUGA